AUGGCACUUUUGCGCCUCGUCCUUCCCCUCGCCCCUCUCUCUCCUUCUCCGUCCUUUCUUUGCUUUCCCUCCUCUUCCACUACCCCGUUCCUGUCGUCCAUCCUCUUUGUCCUUCGCCUAUUUGUAUCUCCCUCCCUGUCUCCCCCUCCCUGUCUCCCCCUCCCUGCCUCCCUCUCCCUGUCUCCCUCUCCCUGCCUCCCUCUCCCUUUCUCCCCAUUCCUAUCUCCCCUUUUCCUGUCUAACCAUUUCCCGUCGUCCGUCCCCUCGCGCCUCUGCCAUCCCCUCAGGUCAUCUGGUGGCAGGGGGGAUCGUCACCCUCAUUGCAGGGCGCCGUGA